GGCCAAGAAGACGCAGGAGGAGGCUUUGUACACACUGCAAAGGGACGGCCUGAGUGUUGGGGACACCGCCGCCUGCGGGGUGCAUCGAUACAAAGUCCGACAGGACCCCUCGACUGUCGCCACUCCUCUCCUCCCAGGAGCUCCGAUGGCGGCGGCUGCGCUGACGGACCCGGCUCAGGGCAGUGUGACCUUUGAGGAUGUGGCCGUGUACUUCUCCUGCGAGGAAUGGUGUCUUCUUGAUGAGGUUCAGAUACACCUGUAUCUUGAUGUCAUGCUGGAGAACUUUGCCCUUGUCUGCAUGCUGGGUUCUUGGCGUGGAGUCGAUGAAGAGACACCUUCUGAAGAGAACAUAUGUGUGGAGGGAGUUUCACAGAUUAGGACCCCCAGGGCAGGUUCAUCUCCUGAGAAGGCCCAGCCCUGUAAGAUGUGCGUCCCAGUCUUGAGAGACAUUUUGCACUUGGCUGAAGAGCAGGGAGCAAAUAGGGGCCAGAAAGCAUACACAUGUGGGGCAUGUGGGAAACAGUUCUAUUUCACUGCAAACCUUCAACAGCACCGGAAGCAGCACAUUAGAGAGAAACCUUUCCGAUGUGAUGUGAGGAGACUUGCAUUUCUGAAGAGCUUCACAGUCUACACAUCAGGGAAUCUCUCUGUGUACAGUGAAAUUGGAAAGAAAUUAGCAGCCAACAUGGGACUUCAGCAACAGGCCACUAAUAUCAGGAAGGAACAAAACAACAGUCAUGAGUGUGAAGCUGUUUUUCACAGUGGAACAAUUCAUCGGAGCUGGGGAGAAGGCAGAAAAUCCUCCAGCCACACAGAUAUGUAUGAGAGAGUCAUCACUAGUGAAGCGUUUUGUGAGUGCAGCAAAUGUGGGAAAGCCUGCACCCAAAGUUGUAAUCUUAUGCAGCACCAGAGAGUUCACACUGGAGAGAAGCCUUAUGAGUGCAGCGAAUGUGGAAAAUCCUUUAGCCGAAGCCACCACCUCAGUGUGCAUAGGAAGAUCCACACCGGAGAGAAGCCUUAUGCAUGCAAGAAAUGUGCUAAAUCUUUUCUCCAAAGGUCCAGCUUCAUUCAACAUCUGAGAGUUCACACUGGAGAAAAGCAUUAUGAAUGCAGUGAAUGUGGAAAAUCUUUUAGCAAAAAGUCCAAUUUCCUUCAACAUAAGAGAGUUCAUACUGGAGAAAGGCCUUAUGAGUGCAGUGAAUGUGGGAAAUCCUUUAUCCAUAGAUGUCAACUUUUUAUACACCAGAGAGUUCACACAGGAGAAAGGCCUUAUGAGUGCAGUGAAUGUGGGAAAUCCUUUAUUCAUAGAUGUCAACUUCUUAUACACCAGAGAGUUCACACAGGAGAAAGGCCUUAUGAGUGCAGUGAAUGUGGGAAAUCUUUUACAGUUAGGUCUGUCCUGCAAAAUCAUCAGAGAAUUCAUACUGGAGAGAGGCCUUAUGAGUGCAGCCAAUGUGAGAAAUCCUUUAUCCAUAGAUGUCAACUUCUUAUACACCAGAGAGUUCACACAGGAGAAAGACCUUAUGAGUGCAGUGAAUGUGGGAAAUCUUUUACAGCUAGGUCUGCCCUCCAAAAUCAUCAGAGAAUUCAUACUGGAGAGAGGCCUUAUGAGUGCAGCCAAUGUGGGAAAUCCUUUAUCCAUAGAUGUCAACUUCUUAUACACCAGAGAGUUCACACAGGAGAAAGGCCUUAUGAGUGCAGCCAAUGUGGGAAAUCUUUUACAGCUAGGUCUGGCCUCCAAAAUCAUCAGAGAAUUCAUACUGGAGAAAGACCUUAUGAAUGCAGCCAAUGUGGGAAAUCCUUUAUUCAUAGAUGUCAACUUCUUAUACACCAGAGAGUUCACACUGGAGAAAGGCCUUAUGAGUGCAAUGAAUGCGGGAAAUCUUUUACAGCUAGGUCUGCCCUCCAAAAUCAUCAGAGAGUUCACACAGGAGAAAGGCCUUAUGAGUGCAGUGAAUGUGGAAAAUCCUUUAUUCAUAGAUGUCACCUUCUUAUACACCAGAGUUCACACAGGAGAAAGGCCUUAUGAGUGCAGUGAAUGUGGGAAAUCCUUUAUUCAUAGAUGUCAACUUCUUAUACACCAGAGAGUUCACACAGGAGAAAGGCCUUAUGAGUGCAGCCAAUGUGGGAAAUCUUUUACAGCUAGGUCUGGCCUCCAAA